AUGGCUAGCACGAACCCAGCCAAGAACCCCAAGCUGCCCUCCACAGAGCCCACCAAGCCAUCAAACACCCAGCAACAGGACACGCUCGGAGAGGACGACGAGUUCGAAGACUUCCCAGUCGAGAACUGGACGGCCGCCGAAUCCGACAUCUCCACCCUCGCCAUCCCGGCCAGCCAUGCCAAACAGGCCACCGCCGAGGGCGCGCCCAAGAAGGCGACCAUGGACGACCUCUGGGAGGACAACUGGGACGACGACGUGAUCGAGAGCGACUUCGCCCACCAGCUGAGGGCCGAGCUCGAGAAAACUAAGGCUAAUGGCGCCGGUCCUGCGCCCAUGCAAACUUGA